AGCAGCUAUCUAGUGUUAAAUAAACAAGUAACGAAUAAAUAAAAAAAGCUAAAAGUGGAAAAGGAACACGGGGAGUUAAAUUUGGUUAGCGUUGCCUGGCUUUAGCAGCUAAUUGAGUAACGUUAACUCAAAACGUUUCGUCAGCAUUGAAAUGUUGGCCACAAAUUGAAAAUGAGCAACUCCGAAGAACCCAAAGUGACUUGUGCUCCACACAUAGUGAAAGAAGAGCUCAUGGCAGCAGGAAAGUGGCUGAAGCUGGAGAACACUACGUACGUGGACCGAGCUGGAAAAACCAGAACCUGGGAGACCGUGAAAAGGACGACGAGGCAAACCAACACCGAAACAGACGGCGUCGGUGUUAUCGCCCUGCUGAAGCGGACCCUCCAUAAAGACUGCGUAGUGAUGGUGAAGCAGUUUCGUCCUCCUUUGGGAUGCCACACUCUGGAGUUUCCUGCAGGGUUGAUUGACGAGGGGGAAACUGCAGAGGCUGCUGCACUGAGGGAGCUAAAAGAAGAAACUGGCUACAAAGGGGAGGUAGUUGGAGUCACUCCAGUGACCUGUCUGGACCCCGGUCUGUCUAACUGCACCACCCAGAUCAUCAUGGUCAACAUCAACGGAGAUGAAGGGGAGAACAUCAACCCAAAACAAGAGCUCGGUGAUGGAGAAUUUGUUGAGGUCAUUCUUUUACCACUUGAUGAAUUCCAGAAGAAAAUAGAUGAUCUGAUGAAGAAAGAAAAGAUCGUGGUGGAUGCUAAAGUGUACAUCUUUGCCAUGGGGAUGGUCCAGGCCUUCUUUAAGCCGAGGGAGCUCCCCGUUCUGAAGCAGUGAAGGAAAACGUUCAGGAUGAGAACGAGAGAAGAAGAAAUAGUCUUUUAUGUUACAUAGGGCUCCUACACAGGACUGGAAAAUCUGUAUUAAAAAGGACAUGGAGGACUUCCAAAUUGUAAUAAGAAUUUGUAUGAAAAUGUGUUGUUGCAUUGUGGGGUUUAGCCACCAUGUAACCUCAUAUUUCAAUUUUAGUUUCUAUAAAGUAUAAUGGCCAUACAUGGAGUAAUAUGAAAGUUAGAAGACACAGUACAACUUUGUGUGUUAAUCAUACUGAACACAAACAUCAAAUUAUGAAAUCAAAGUCUUGUAAAAAAAAAAAAAAACUUUGGCUUUAGAAAGUGAACCUAUGAAGGAGCCCUGUUUGCACUACAUGCACUGGACUACUUUUUGUUCUCAGUACGAAGGCCUGAAACACACUCUGGUGGCCAAUUGUUAAUUGUUUGCACACUUAACGCAGAGUAGUUUCAGCCUUUAGGUCUCAGAAUGCCUUACUUGACAAAUAGUAUUUUCCAGGUUUUUAUGAGAUUACAUGUAGUUUAAUGAGAUGCAAUUUGUUGUCAUUUUUAUUAGUGAUCGUAAAACAUUCCUAACAGUACUGUUGCAGACUUGACGGCGGAAAAAAAUCCACCUCCAAACACUUUUCCUGUUGCUCCGUUGCUUCUCUUGCUGAAGUACGAUGCAAUUCUUUCAUUUCGUUUGUUGUGUUCUACUUUUUCACUUAGAUAACCCAUGCAUUGUGAUAAUAGAUACAUAUAGUAUUUGGUUGGGCUAUUAACAACAGUGUUAACAAUAUGAUGGGGGGGAUUGCCCUGUGUUACUCCCCUGUAAUGUACAACAGAGAUACUGUCAUGAUAGAGGCAGUAACUGAUUCAUAGGAAGUCAUCCAUGCUGUGCCUCCAACCUCAUUAUGGUACAGUUAGCUGGACAUCGAUGCUGUACUUACCCUAGCAACUACAAAUUACUGACCAAUGAAUAAAUGUGAUACUACUUUUGUUCUUA